AAAAAAAAGAAAAAAAAAAUCCAAAACGCACAAGUGAAGACAAACAGGAAGUGAUUGAAAUCAGUUGUCAGUACUUUCUUCUCCGCUCUCUUUUCAAAGUUCACCGCAUGGGAGACAACUCGCCGUCGAAGCUCCGCACGCGCCGCCGCCGUUCCUCGCUUUACUGACUUUUGAAUCCAGUCGCUCGGGCUCCGCGUCUCUCUCCGAACGCCCUUCAUUCAUUCAUCGACAUCACAAGAAGAAAAAAAAAAAGAAAAAAAAAACCGAGAGGCUCCGACACCGCAAGGUGAAUUCAGGCGAACAGGCUCCAGCGAGGGAAACGACGGUGAGUAGCCGCGUUAAAACCUUUAAAUAUGGCUUCUGCGUGGCAAAGCGUCGUCUCCGUGCACCAGACUUUAGUGGAAAGCGGAGACAAGCGGACGGACCAGUGGCUGCUUGUCUACUCCCCCGUCCCAGUGGCGCUCAUCUUCCUGGCGUACCUCUUCGUGGUCUGGGCCGGCCCCCGUCUGAUGAAACACAGGGAGCCCUUUGACCUCAAAGGCGUCCUGGUCCUUUACAACUUCGCCAUGGUGGGCCUGUCGGCCUACAUGUUCUACGAGAUCCUGGUGACGGCCUGGCUCUCCAACUACAGCCUGCUGUGCCAGCCCGUGGACUACAGCACCAAGCCGCUGCCUCUGAGGAUGGCCAAGGCCUGCUGGUGGUUCUUCUUCUCCAAGAUCAUCGAGCUCGCCGACACGAUGUUCUUCAUCCUGAGGAAGAAGAACAACCAGCUGACUUUCCUCCACGUCUACCACCACGGGCCCCUGAUGUUCAACUGGUGGGCGGGCAUCAAGUACGUGGCCGGCGGACAGUCGUUUUUCAUCUGCCUGGUGAACACCUUCAUCCACCUGGUGAUGUACUCGUACUACGGCCUGGCGGCGCUCGGCCCCCACAUGCAGAAGUACCUGUGGUGGAAGCGGUACCUCACCUCUCUGCAGCUGGUGCAGCUUUGUCUGUUCCUGGUGCACUCCGGCUACAACCUGUUCACCGAGUGCGACUUCCCCGACUCCAUGAACGCGGCGGUGUUCGGUUACUGCGUCGUGCUCGUCAUCCUCUUCAGUAACUUCUAUUACCAGAGCUACCUCAACAAGAAGAAGCAGAAAUGAGUGUUGCCUGUUUGAGGGAUUGUUUUUCCGUCUGCAGUACUUGGUCACGUCCACCAGGGGGAGCAACGCGCCCACAGUCUGGUGAUGUGGACCAUUUAAGUUCUCUCUGCAUUUUCUGUUUUUUAUAUCAAGUGUCAAAUGCAUGGUUUAAAAAGACAUGAUCAUUCAAUUAUUUAUUUCUUAAAUUGAGAAAUGACAAAUAUUCAAAUGAUUGCUGUAAACAAACUGUACAUUUUAUACAUAACAAAGUAAGGUUUUUUUUUUUU